AUCCCGACAAACGUUGCGCGGAAGAAAAAAAAUCCCCCACAAAUCCGCGUAGCCGGCGCUACCGAUGUGCAGUUCACUUCCAACGGCGUGUCCGUGAGCACGCGGGCCACACCGUUGGCUAUAUCAUCAUCGUCUCGCGAUCUGGGCCAGGUUCCUCCUCCUCCUCGGCCCCACCACCAACCCAUCUCGUCGCACGUAGCCGCCAGCGAUCAUGGCGACUACGACGCCCUACAUAGGCAGCAAGAUGAGCUUGAUCUCAAAGGCGGGCAUCCGCUACGAGGGCAUCCUGUACACGAUCGACACGGACAACUCCACCAUCGCCUUGGCGAAAGUGCGCUCGUUCGGCACAGAGCGGCGCCCCGCCGACCGACCCGUCGCCCCUCGCGAGGAAGUCUACGAGUACAUCAUCUUCCGCGCCAGCGACAUCAAGGACCUGACCGUGUGCGAGUCCCUGCUACCGGCUCUGCACCACGACCCGGCUAUCGUGCAGUCCUCCCUAGGUACCCCGGGGGGGGGCGCUCGCUACCCCCUGCACCACGCGUGUGGUGGCGCGGCGAGCCGCUACUCCGUGCCGGGGACGCCGACCGGACCCUACGGGGCCAUGGGCGGCUACGGGGGCCACGCUCAGCACGGCGCGCAGGCCCACCAGCUCGUGCAGGCGGCGGCGGCGGCAGCAGCGGCGGCGGUCGGGCACUAUCCCUUCGUGCAGCCUGCGUACGUAGGAGCUGCAGGUGUGGCACCAAAAGCAAGUGCGUCCACCGUGCGCGUCAACACCACACCGCAGCAGCCGGCGAGGAAGAGCGUCACGGUGGAGCAGGGGGUGCAGACGGCACCCCAACAACAGCAGCAGCAGCAGCAGCAACAGCAGAGGACCCCCGUGAAGCAGAUUGCGGGUCCCGCGGCUCCCAGCGUUGGGCAAGCAAGUACGGCUUCAGGCGUGAGCCGCCGUUGGCGUCCCCGUGGGCGUCCCCAGAAGGCCCAGACCCCGAACCUGGGCGACGAGUUUGAGGUGGAGUUUGACUUUGAGAGCGCCAACGCGCAGCUCGACCGCGACGAGCUGGACAAGGAGUUCCAGGGCAACAAGGCCAAGCAAGGAGAAGACAAGCAGAGGGGGGGUCCCAGCAGAAGCUCUGUCGUGUUCCCUGAUAACUGCUUCUACGACAAGACAAAAAGCUUCUUUGACAACAUUCCUGAAGACGGCAGGAACCGCCGCGUGACGUGGGCGGAGGAGCGGCGCUUGAAUCUGCAGACGUUCGGGGUGAAUCUCCCGGCCGCGCGCGCUCGCCGCUUCUGGCCCGGCCGGGGCCGCGCGUCCUGGUUCAACCGCGGGUCCCUGCGGCGUGGGGACGGACGGCCGGGCAUGCCCGGAGCAGGGGUGCAGUCUCCUCGGCCGGCCAAGGUGCAGGCCUAGACGGAGGAUGAUGAGUAGGAGGAGCACGUACAGGUUGCAGAGAACCGCACUUCCUCCCAGUGUACAUAUAUUGAGGGUUUGCUUUAUUUAAAAACAAAGAUAUUUGUGGAGUUUGAAAAAAACGUUACGUAGAGGGGUAGUGCAAGGACUGUACGUGGGUUUUGUUAAUUUAUAUGCGAUUCUUUCAUGUAUAUGGUGUGUAAAUAAGAGAAACACCGUUUAGUUUAACGCUUGACACAUUGUAAAUAUUGUUUUGAACUUCAGUCUAAUGGGUGAACUUAAACAUUUCUGUCAAGUCGGACUUAACUUUAAAGCUUUAAGAAUUUUCUCCUAAAAUGGGUGCUUUUGUGUGACCAGUCUUAAGCUGAAAUGAGCAUGGACAUGACAAUUUAAUUAAUGGAGUUGUUAUUUCACAAGGCAGCGUUAAAUGUUGCGGAAUUUAUAUCGGUGCAUUGGCUGUGGUGAAAUGGCUGGCAAAUAAUGAAGUUGGCCAACUGUUGGAUUUAGAACAUUGCUUCGUUGGAUUUACUGCAUUGCUUUAGAUUCCUGUAAACUUUGGCCGGGAUGAAGUACAAUGCAUGGCUUUAACAGGGUCGGUGGGGUGGAGGGGGGUUUGCUGGAUUUGAACAAAAGUAAAGUGCCCUUCAAUAAAUUGAGGCAUAUCUAUUCCAGCUUAAGGGCCGAUUUUGAAAAUAGAAUCUCUGCUUGGUGUGUAAAGCAGCGCGCAUCACAUCUUAACUUGGUGUGGUUGUCUCCUAGGAUGGUGCUUUUCAGCGCCAGUCCUCGCAACCCACUGUGGGUGCAGCUUUCUGUGCUUGCCGAUCUAAUAUCGGUUGUACGCGGUACCCGAAUUUGCAUAUCGGGGAAUUACAAACGGUGGAGUGGCAGUUCAGAAACUCUUGUCCAGACCCGGUGCUUUUUAUCGGUAAGAUCUUGGAUUUUGCCCUCUUUGGUGGGGACGACCGCUGCUUUGCUGUUAUCUUGUAGUUAUUUGCACAACCUUUACUUAAAUGCAGUGCAUGGGAUCGCCGGUGCGGUUUAUGGUGUUGCGUAGUUUUUUUUUGUGCAAAAAUUUGACGGGAAAAGUUGUCAAGUGAACUAGUAUUAAUGACACCUUUUUUUUGCUCGCCUAUUUUUACGAUCUUGAUUAUGUUAGAUGUUGAUUGCGAACAAGGGUUGUUUGAGCAGUUUGUGAUCUUUAGGAGUUUUUUUGUCGUAGGCUUCCGUUGAAGUCGAGGGUCAAAGUUUGCAUCCACAUUGUGUUGCGUCGUGAAAUAUUGGUGGUUCUGUCUGACGUUGCUGUGGAGACAAUUGUAACCUCGGAGAAAAUGGAUGUUUGCAAAUGCUUGUCAGCAAUUAUUAUAAGGCACAUUUUAAGUCAACGCUGUGAACUUGAUUUGGAAGAUCAGGCGCACUGACCUGGAGAGACCAAUUUUUUUUUCUAGGGCAGCUAAAUGCUGAACAAGGUGUAUUGGUGGUAUGGGUGGCUGGCAGUUGCGUGCAAUGAACCUGGCCCCCCACCCGAGUUUGAUUCUCAGUCAUGGCAGAAAUAAGUGGCGUUUAUAUACGAACCGGUCCUGGUCCCCCGGUUUGGCAACUACCACCGACCCGCUCUGAGAUUAAGUAUGGUCAAACAGCCAAGAGGUUGGUUGUGGUGUUGAGGCUGACCCUGUGGUUUUUGUUUUCAACGGGGCCAAAUAAUGUUGGGAUUGUGGUUGAACAGCCAACAAUACAAAUCCAAUGUUUCUGCUUUGCGUGUUUAGUAUUUUGUGUUAUGUUGCACGUCCUACGUAUGUGAUCUCUGUGCAUGUUUGAAAUAAAGGUGUGCACCCAUGCAAUAC